UUGAUGCUGGCAGUGGGCAGCAAGGCAAGAGACAGCCUGAGUUCAUGAAAAAUGCCUGUGCUGACUGCUGAGCUGGUGCUAAUGGGGGAGUGUGGAGGAGGAAAGAGGAUAAGGAAUUUCCAUUCCAUUCCCAUCCUCUUGCCUGUUUCUGUGUCUUGUUUUCAGCAGUUUCAGCUCUACUCUUCCCAUCUUCAGUUCCCAUUAGGAUACCCCUUUACCAGGCGUUUCCCCACGCUGUGUUCAGUCUUUCAUUGAUGCUCUUCCCCUCCCCUUCUCCCACUGCAGCCCCAGCAGAAAAUCAGCAAUGAAGAAACACAGGCAGACAUCAGCCCUCAUUUAACCAGCCAUGGGCUUGGCCAUGGCACACUUUGGGUAGCAUGGAAACAUUGCGUCGCUCUGCUCUGCACAGCAGCGUGGUGCUGGGGUGGGCUGCCAUGGGGUCAGCGAGGCGUGCCGGUCCCCAUGUCCUUGCUGCGGUGAUGCCACCACGCCAGCCUUUGCCGUGCAGGAAGGAGGGUUUGAAGUCAUCAGCCGGUGGGAUGGCGCUGACUAAUUGCUUGUCCCCUUCGCUGUCCCCGCGGUUACUCAGCAGGCUGCACACGUCGGUGGACGCGAGCCUGUUUUUUCCACUUAUCGAGGAAGCAGUGCUGACUGUGAUGCUCAAGGACGAGCCUCCCGCCCCCUCCCUUAGCACCUACCCAAGCGGUUAUCUUCUCCGCUGGUGCUGAGCAGCUGUUGGUUGGCUGGAGGCUGGAGCGGAGCCGGGUACCCUCCCAGCCCUCCCGCCCCAUAUAAGCACAGCUCCUCGACGCUAUUCCAGCUGGCAGCACGCGACGCAGUGGCACAGGUGGUGCCUAGAGGAGCCGAUGAGUUGCUGGAUGCCUCGGUGCCCAGCUCUCAGCAUGUGCCGGGGGUUGGCUGCGCUUCCCAUCGCUUGCCUGGAGAGAGCCAAGGAACUCAAGACCCGUUUGGGGAUCCUGCUGCAUAAACCGGAGCUGGGACACGGCAGCGGGGCAGCGGGCAAGCUGCAGCUGGGCUCCAGGCGGAGAGACUCCUCACGAGAGGUGCUUGAAUGGAGGGAAUCCUUUGACCAGCUCCUCAAGAGUAAAAAUGGGGUGACCGCUUUCCACACCUUCCUGAAGACCGAGUUCAGCGAGGAGAACCUGGACUUCUGGCUGGCCUGCGAGGAUUUCAAGAAGACCCGCUCCAAAACCAAGCUGGCCUCCAAAGCCAACAGGAUCUUCGAGGAGUUUGUCCAAAGCGAGGCACCCAGAGAGGUCAACAUUGACCACGAAACCAGGGAGAUCACCAGGAAGAACCUCACGGGAGCCACCUCCGCUUGCUUCAACGAGGCGCAGGCAAAGACCCGCACCCUGAUGGAGAAGGACUCCUACCCCCGCUUCCUGAAGUCAGCCUCCUACCAGGACAUGACCAAGCAGGCCACCAGCCAUGGCAUCAACAAGCGUUUGCACACCUGACCCAUGCCCAACACCAAACCUGCCCUGGGUGGGCACCGAGGGCCUGGCGGCGGGGUGUAGGCUGAAAUCCUGGCCUUCCAGCAGGACACCGGGCACCUUGAGUGCUCCCACUGAGGCUGCCCUGAGGAGAGGCCUUCGCACCCCACCGCCGGUGGUCCCACUGCUGGGCUGCACGGGGUGGAAGCCACCCAUGUGUCAGCAAGAAGAGCGGUGGGUCCGGAGCAGCAUGGCCCUAGCAGUGACAUUUCUAUCCUUUCCUUAAGCUUCGUGGCCUGCAGGCUGCACCCGAACUUAGGUCACAUGCUUUUUUAUUAUUGUUAUUAUUUAUUUUAUGGUUAUUGUUAAUGAUAUGUAUUUAUGAGAAGAGCACUGCUCAAAGCAUGCGCACAUCCCUUGCUCGGAGGAGCUUGUAAAUUAAUUUAUUUUAGGUAUUGCAGCACUUAGCAUGCCUCCCACGGCUUCUGUAUAAUAACUGCAAGAGAGGAAAAUAGCUUUGUAAUGUGACCGUGGAGCAAGGUACGCAAAUAGCAGCAGGGAGAGCUGCAUCGAACCGGGCCUGAGGUUUCCUGGGAGCGCGGAGGACCGUUGAUGGCCAUAAAAGGAUGCUUUGCAGUUCGUGCCAUUUCCCUUUUUUUUCCCUUAAAUAGAGCUUUGUGGCCGGCACCUCGGCACGUGGGCUAGCAGCUUGUCCUAGGCAGAGAAUAGCGGUGCAGAAGGGGCACUGUGAGUGUAGAAAACUUAUUUUUAAAUCACUUAAGAGUUAAGAGCUGGGUUUACAGUUUGGUUUACAGUUGGGUCUGGUGUUGCCCUGACUGGUCUGCAGCAGAGGAACCCCAAGGACCGGUUUGGGGAUGUCUUUCUGAGUCCUCUUCCCGAUUCUACCUCUGAGUCUGGUGGCUCCCAGCUGCAUUCACGGGGCUAUUUGAGCUGUUUUGUUAUUUAUUAUUUACUUCUACAACUGGAACCACCUUCGUUGUGAUACCGAAGUGAACGAUGCACAAAGGUCCAUUUUUGCUACGAACACGAUGUCAUGGCUACAAAAUAAAACGCAAAGAGGGCAAUGCCAUGACACCAUUGUUGGCUGUGGGCUUUUCAUUAAUUUUCACUUUGAGAUUUCGAGGGGCCGUUACAAAGCACACAGUGUAAGGAAAGCUGCUUGCGGUGCGUGGCUUGAGGCCACCUACAGCCCCUACAGACGUGGGAAACACAAGAAGGGGAAGGGGAACUUGUGAAAAAUAAAACUUCCUCAUGGUACCAGAGGGGGUGUUGGAAACCACCCAACCCUUGUUGAGAACAUAUUGUCUCCCAAGGUCGAGGAUGUUCCAUCACAGCGCUGCCCCAAAUAAUAACCAAACCAAGCAUUCCUUUCUAUUUAUUGCCUCUAUGGAAGCCCAAAUGAGCUGGACUGAGGAGAGCAUGAGUACAGUGUGAGGAAGAGUUGUGUUGCAGAUGGUGGUCACUCGGAUCCCAAGGCAAUGCUGUUAGUGCAAGUGGGUCUCUACCACUGAAGAGACAUUUGCAAGCAGCAGACUUCAUAACAAACACUCCUGUCUCUUCUGGCAUGGCCACACAUUCCAAAGAUCAUUGUUUGCUAUAAAAUACAUCAGCUCUUCUUCUACAGCUGUCAUCCACCUAGAUGGAAGAAGAGAGAUUAAGCUGCCCACCUUAUCUUUUGUUCAAGGAAUGAGGUGAAAGAUAGCCAGGAUAUGUUUAAAUUACCCAGAAAUAUAGGCUCUGCGGGAGCAACAAAUGGCACUGAGGCAGAUAAAAACAAAAUCACGUCCGUUUGAUUUGCAGGGUCUAACUGAAAAAAAAAAAUACUUUGUCUUGCACACUUUGAAGUUAAUUUAAACAUGAUUUUCUACUUUAAAAAAAUCAAUAUGGCAAAAAAAAAAAAAAGGUCAAAUUGGCAUCGUUUCAUUUCACAAAGAGAAAACUCCAUCGACAAAGCCACACGCUUGCAUCCAGUACAUCCUUCAUGAUUGCUGGCAAAACCCUGUGCUAAUAUAACAAGGCAUUGGGAAAAAACAAAAACAAAAACAAAACAAAACAAAACAAAAAACCCACAGACCCGCCUUGAGAAAGUGGAACUGAAGCCUCCCAUAAAACCAAGGCUGAAGUUUCCCAGGGCGAGGUCUGGGAAUCUGGGAUCAGAAGGGACAAACUGAUAUGUGAUUGCAUGCGUUCAUCCAUUAUGUAUUUGUGGAAAGGCAAUCUGCAAAUAAAUGCUACAACACAAAGGGCACUAUUCCUGCUUUCUGACACCGUGGGGUGCUGAGCACAGCGCUGGGCUCUGCAGCCGUAUGCUCCAUGCUGGCUCUGAUGUGCUGCAGCUGUAACCCAGGCACAGCUGGUGGGGAAGGGCAGGGGAUGGGAAACAGAUGGGAGGAGCACUGCUGGGAUCCUGAUCCCAGGUGGGGAAAUGCAUUUAAGUUUAGGUCCUCACCUUGGCUGCCUCUUUGACCUGCUUUGGGUGCCUUCAGUGGAUCUGCUUUGCUCUUCUUGUCUGUGUACUGGAGACGGUGCCUUGUUGGAUGGGGUGCUUGCAUGCCUGGGUGUUGCCCUCACCUCUUCUUGAGCCUGCUUGCUGAUGGAUGUGCUGUUUUGGUGCGUGGAUGCUAUCUCAAGGGAGAGCUGCAAACUGGGUGUGUGUCCAUCAGCGUGGAGGAACAGGAGGACUUGCAUCACUGCGCAUUUGGUUUCCCUGCUUGUUGUGUCCGUAACCCAUCUCCUGAGCCCUCUGCUUUGCUGGUUGCAAGGGUCAUGCUCAAAGAGCUGCAGAGCAUGCCGGCUUCAAGCCAAAGAUGACUCUUUGGAAGAGGCUUCUGGACCAUAAAUAAGCACUGCAACUAUACGGAGGACAUACGAAAACAUGAUCUUCAACACCAAAAACCACUGGCACAUUGGGAACAGGUCAUGGUCACC